AUGAUGACUUCGUCCCCAACCACAGCCGCGCUGCUACGCGCGUCGCCUAAUCCUCCGUCAGCGUCGAGCUCCGCCCCGCGUCCUCUCGAAAACAACAUCAACCCCGGCAUACAGCAGCAGUACCAGCAGCACCAGCACCAGCACCAGCAGACGGAGACCGGCUCCUGUUCCUCGCCAGAGAUAGAGCUGCUGCGGACGACGUUCAAGCGCCAGACGGUAGAUGCCGGCACGCAGUAUUCUCGACCUACGACGCCGUCUCGAGCGGUCUCCCUGCCCCCGUCCAAGGACGCUGCCGCUAGUGCAUCCGGAGGUCUCGGCCAGCAGGCCAGCUCACACAUGCCAGGAACCAGCAUAGGAUCCAAACGCAACACGCCAGAUGUGACGAAAGUGCUUGCUGCUGCCCCCGGGCCCCCGUCCGGGCCCUCGUCCGCCCCCUCUCGGCAGCAGCAGCAGCAACAUCCGCCACCACCACAACAGCAGCAACAACAGCAACCACAGCAACCACAGCAACGCCAGCAGAGCCAACGGCGGCAGCAAUUGGAAGAUGAGGACCGGCAGUCAGAGGGCUCAGCUUCUAAACGGUUGAGGCCCACCAGGCCGCCGGUCAAGUUGCUCCCUCGACGCAUGAUAAUGGAGCUCAUCCAUUACAACGACCAGAUUCCGCUACGGGACGGCAGGCUGACCCGGUUCCACUCCCGUUCUCCGCCCCGGAUAUCGGUGCAAGACUACCUGCAACGUCUCACGACGCACGCCACACUCUCACCACCCAUCCUGCUCAGCAUGGUGUACUACAUCGACCGCCUCUGCGCCCUAUACCCUGCAUUCACCAUCUCCAGUUUAACGGUCCACCGCUUCCUCAUCAGCAGCGCCACAGUCGCGAGCAAGGGGCUCAGUGACAGCUUCUGGACCAACAAGACCUACGCCCGCGUUGGAGGUAUCAGCGUCGAGGAGCUGGCCCUCUUGGAGCUCGAGUUUCUCUGGCGCGUCGAGUGGCGCAUUGUCCCUCAGCCAGAGGUGCUCGUCGACUACUACCUCAGCCUGGUCGAGCGCUGUGAGGACUAUGAGAUCCAGCCGGAGGCUCCCCCGGCGACCGCUCCCGUCGUAGCAGAGACCGGACCUACUCGACCAGUACCUGCAACAGUACCUGCAACAGCACCUGCAACAGCACCUGCAACAGCACCUGCAACAGCACCUGCAUCCACUGCAGCGCCGUCUGUAACACCCGCGCCAGCCACAGCACCUUCUGUACCGCCUACCUCGUCCAUGCCAAUCACACCGUCUGUACCAACCGACUCAAAGUCCAAGCCAAAGCCAAAGCCUGGGCCUGGACCAACGGCCAAAAAACCCGGGCCAGACGCUGUUCAGAGCAAGCCACCUUCUUCCUCAUAA